AUGGCACCAGAGAUCGGAAGUCUCAGAGCUCUUGCCAACGGGGAAAGCCAGUUUGUUGGCAGUUCUUCAGGUGUCUUCUUCAUCAACACCGUUCGAAGGGCCUUCUCAACAGCCGAAGGCCUCGAGGCAGACGAUGGACGUCAUGCUGCCGGAGCCGAUACCCACGAUGAUCCAUCUCCCGAAGAUUGCAUCGUGGGCGACAUCGACCGAAAUGACCCGGAGUCUUCGGGGGAGAGGCCAGGUUGCAGCAGCGCUAGUCGAGCGAACUAUGAGUCGGAUGCUGAGAGCUCACCGAUGCCAUCAGGGAUGGAUAUCAUGACUGAUAUGAGCUUAUUGCCUGACUACACGAUUGCUCGGGACCUCUUUCUCACAUACUUCCGAAUAUGGCAUCCUUUGGUUCCCUUUCUACAAGGGCCAGAGUGUCUAGCAGAUUUGGAAAAUCUCUACGCACCCGACUUCAACCGGCGCAGUUCAAGAUCGCUCUGCCAAUUUGUCAUCUUCAAGUGCAUCUUGAACGUUGCUAAGCUUGACACAGAUGGGCCGCUCGACCUGGGGUCAGCAGCUAUACGUUUACCUUCAGACCUCUUACCAACUCUUAGCAUGCUAGCCCUUCGUUGCGACACAAUUUCUAUCCAAGCGUUGUUAGCAUCUCAAGUUUAUUUCGUUUCUACCAUGGCGCUACGCCAUGCGUCGUCUGUCAGUGGCUUGCUGUCCAAGUCAAUCUUUCAAUCUGGCAUGCAUAGAUGCCCAGUACGAUACGACCAUCUGUCUCCGGAUGAGCGCUCAAUGCGUAAGCGCACCUUCUGGAGCUUUUACGUUCUCGACCGUUUCAUCAGCCAGUCACUGGGGCACCCGAAUGGCAUUCAGGACUCAGACAUCGACGUAUGCCCGCCAGGCCAGCGAGACCUCCAUGAACCAGUUGCAAAGUCAGAUCUUCACGGCCAAGUGGAGAACACCUUCCUACACCUACCUGCAAACCACCCCGAACGGUUGGCAUCAUCUCCAGCGGUUCAAGAUAAGACCACGGAGACCUCGCCUGACGUAGACGAGGAACCUGGUAGACAUGAGAGAGCCAGUACCGACCCUCCGCCAUCCAGCAUAUCACCCAAGGCUGCCGCGAUUCUCCGCCACCGUCAAGAGACACAAGCUGUUCUAGAACAUCAUGUUCGGCACUCACAGCUAGUGGGAAGAGUUCUAGAAGUCUUCCACAAGUCUAUCCAUGCUAGAGAAAUGGAUAAUCAAACAAUUUUGUUCCUGAAGGCGGAUGUGACGGCCUAUGGCAACGAUCUCACAGAGCCGCGGUUCACCCCAGCCUUACAAGACAUACCACAGCUAACUCCGGACCCCACCGUCUUUCCCUUCGUCAGUUACUAUUACACCAUACUUUUACUUAAUCGUCCCUCUCUUUCACUCGACUCAAGACGUGCAGAGUUCCGUGACGCAUUACAGACUUGCAUAAAUGCUGCCUACGCGAUACUCCGCAUCAUUGAGCAGUAUUCAGAAUUGGGAGGUCCUUUGUUUUGGCCUGGAUACAUGUCAGCUGUGUGGAUGAGUGGUCUAGUGCUGGCUCUAGCAGCGCGACUCAAAGUUUGCAAUGUUGAGAAAGCUAUAUUAGGAAUCGAAUCUUCGCUACGACUGUUAAACAAGUUGACAAAACGAUGGGCAAUGGCUCGACACUGCAGAGAAGUCCUAUCUGUCCUGCUUCAGGGUAUCACACAGGGACCCAAAACACAUAAGAGAGUCCGAAAAGAUACCACUGAGGGCUCAGAUCAUGAGGAUGGUCAAGAUGCAACACAAAAGUCUGCCAAGCGAAGCAAGAGGAGGAUAAGAGGCACUAAUGCGUCUGGGCGACAAGAUCAGCCCAUAAAUCUUGGUACAAUGUCUCCGCGACGGCAACUACCAAUAUCAAAUACCAACCAUAACACUCAAAGCCCGAUUCCAGCCCAACGGCUAAGAGAUAGCAAUCCCGUUCCAAGGGUCUAUGAAAGCCAAAGACAGAAUCAUUUCAACUUCGAGACAUCCGACUUCAACCCAAACAGCCCCCGGCCAAACCAGAGUCAGACUCGUCCACCCGAUGCCAGCCAGCUUUUCUCGCCGGCUGACUUCAAUUUUCAAAACAACACCUCAUCUAUGAGUUUCUAUUUUGCUCCCAUACCCACAACAUUUCCGGAUCGCAACAGAAACCCAUCCAAUCAGGUCAUGGAUAGACAGUUUGGAGUCACUGACAACUUUAUCGACAUGUUCGAUGGAGCUACAUGGGGUUCACUGCUGGACAUUGUGAACGAUGCAGGUGCAGAAGCACAAUGA